AUUGAUGUAGGUAAAACUAAAAGAAACGCGUAGAAAUCUGUCUAUGGUGAUCGGUGUGGCAUUGAUCUGUAUGUCAUAGAUAAGUCAAGACCACUGGUCAAUGGAAGCAAAUGAUGGACUCAAGAAGUGGAGCAAUCAAAGGAAGAUCUAGAAAACUGUAUAACUGUAGUGAGUCAACACACUUCAUACCAUCUUCCAAUAAAAGGAAGUUAGAUGACCAUGAGGAAAAGGAUGUCAUGAGGGGUGAUCCCUCAUAUCCUCAGGCCCCACCCUCAGCCCCUUGUGAGCCCCCAAGGAAGUGUCAGGUCGAGGAAGGCUUCUCAUGGUGGACAUGUGCCAUGUACGGGAUGCCCCAUGAUAAAACAAGACCCCAGGCACGGCCAACAGAGGGAAACCAAGAAUAACCAUCCAAAACACGUGCCGAUAUAUCUUACAGACAUUACUCGACUGAUUGAAGCCUAUGGUAAUUAAGGAUAAUUGUCUGACAGAUAUAACUGUAUGUAUAAAAUAACCAAGGCUAAACACCAGGCACGAAACUCUUAAAGACGAUUAAUGUCUAAAUUUCUAUUGUCUGUCAAAGAAUAUAUAGAAUUGUGCUUCCUAACUAAUUUAUUGUGAUAAUAAUCUACUGGAGAGUGUAUUUGUGUGUGAUAACAUUAUACAGGACAUAGAUAAAUAUGUAUAGGAAAUUUACAGAGAUUUCAGUAAGUGGUGAAUUUUGAAAGUAGUAAAGACACUUUGGAGAAGAACAAACAAUAUUUUGCACACUUCAGCACUUCCUGAGGGUAUGCAGCACUCUUACAACAGUAAUGAGCGUUAAUGAAAAUUUGGCUGUUUGUUCAAAAGAUAAUGCAAUAGUGUCCAACUGUGAUGCGUGGAUAAAUGAGGAAACUAUACUGUUUGUGACAAAGAAUGCUGAGGAUUCUAGUGACAACACCUUGCUUCCCCAGCACCCAGACAAGCCUCUCAACUGUGACCUCCUUUCCCCGCCGCCAAACAGGCCUCUCAACUGUGACCUUCUUCCCCAGCCCCUAGACAGGCCUCUCAACUGUGACCUCCUUUCCCAGCGGCCAGACAGGCCUCUCAACUGUGACCUCCUUUCCCACCAACCAGACAGGCCUCUCAACUGUGACCUCCUUCCCCAGCCCCUAGACAGGCCUCCUAAACGUGACCUUCCAAACUCCCAAGAAAGUCUGCUUGACAGUACACUUCUUCCUGUAACCCUAGAAAGGCCUCUUAACAAUGAUAUCUCUAAUGAAACCCCAGAAAGCUCCCUGGACAGUCACCUUCUUCCCCAGCCCCCAGAAAGCCCCCUGGACAGUGACCUCUUUCCCCAUCCCCCAGAAAGUCCCCUAGACAGUGACCUCCUUCCCCAGCCCCCAGAAAGCCCCCUGGACAGUGACUGUUGUGGAACAGGCUGUGUGCCCUGUGUGUUUGACAUCCACAUGCAGGAGAUGAAAAUCUGGGAGAGGGAAUGUAACAGAGUCAGACAGAGACGCAAGGACCGCCACAUUGGCAUACAGGAGGAAAGUGCUGAAAUCUUGGUAGAAACUGAGUAUCACCAAUUUACUCUAGCAAGUAUUACAAGGAAUACGAAGGACACACAGCUUUACAGAUUUCAUCUGCCAAUGGACAGGUCACUAGGUCUGAAGCUAGGACAACAUGUGAUUCUCAGGGGUCAGGUUGAUGGAGAUAUUUUCACACGCCAGUACACACCAGUGUCUGAUGUCAAAGUCACAGACUACUUUGAGCUUCUAAUAAAGCUAUAUGAGGAUGGGAAGAUGUCACAGUUCAUCAGAACUUGGAGGCCAGGGACAAAGGUGGACCUGAGAGGCCCAUUUGGGGAAUUCGUAUAUAAUCCAAACAAGCAUGCUCGACUAUUGAUGCUGGCAGCUGGCUCUGGGAUUGCCCCAAUGGCACAGGUGAUCCAGGGUGUUCUCGACAAUGAGGACGAUGACACACGUAUCCGAUUGCUGUAUGCUUGUAAUAGUUACAGCGAAAUUCUGUUGAAGUCCUGCCUUGAUGAGUGGACCCAGUUCUGGAACUUCUCCGUUCUGUAUGUACUUAGCCAGGAGCCUGUAGGAGACAGUAGCCAGUACAGAUACAGUGAUAACAUACACCUGGGACGUUUGGACAAAGACUUGCUAUCUAACGAACUGCAAACACCUGUCGUCAAAGGCACAAGGGUUCUCAUCUCAGGGACUAAAUCCUUUGACAAGGACAUGCUCAAAUACUGCAAGAUUCUGGGCAUACAAGACUGUGAUAUUCAUAAAUUUUAACCUGAAUCAGUAAAUUCAUAAAUGACUGGAAAUGCAGAAUGGAUUGUUGAAUGUGAUGCAUGUGGGUUGAUAGCUGUUAAAGAGUUAUGUAGACACUCUUAAUACAUUCAGCCAAGUCAAUCUUACCAAAACUGGUCGGGUUGUCUUGCUGUCAGCAUUGUAGUUCUUUUGU